AUGGACAGAAGUUGGAUGAACGAGCCCGAUAGACUCUUAUCACCUGUAUAUGCCGAGGGUGUUAAAAAUUUCCUCACACAAGCACGAAAUCAUGCAAGUGGACGGGAUCGAAUUCGGUGUCCAUGCCGUACAUGCCUUAACAAUCUGUGGCUGCCUAUAUAUGAGGUGGAAACCCAUUUGUUUAUCAAAGGGAUCAAUCCAAAUUACACGCAGUGGGUAUUUCAUGGGGAGGAUGAGACAACCUUGUACGUCAGUGAUGAUGAUACUAGUGAUGAGGUUAUACCAGAAGAUGAUUACAUAGAUGACAUGCAGCAUAUGUUGGAUGACAUCCGAGCAGGGACCUUUAUUAAUGUGUCCCAACACAACUCUUCUUCGCCAAAUAGGCCACCAAUACCUGGAGAUGAGCCAGCAACUACUUUUGACAAGCUACUGGAUGAUGCCCGACGACCUCUUUUCGAGGGGUGUACAAAAUUUACAAAAUUGUCAUUCAUUGUCAAGUUAUUACACAUCAAAUCAAUCGGUGGAUGGUCAAUUAAGUCAUUUAACAUGCUACUUGAUCUGCUGCGGUUUGCCUUCCCUGAUGCACUCUUGCCACAAUCAUAUGAGGAGUCAAAGUCUUUGGAGCGCGGGUUGGGUUUCAAUUAUCACAAAAUCCAUGCAUGUCCCAACGAUUGCAUCUUAUUCUGGAAGGAAAAUGCAUCUCUUAAUGAAUGCCCUGUAUGUAAGGCUUCGAGGUGGAUGCCAAAUACACACGGCUCACGAGUUAUACCUCAAAAAGUGUUGCGCCAUUUUCCGUUGAAACCGAGAUUGCAGCGUCUCUUUAUGUCUGCGAAGAUAGCAGGUGAUAUGAGAUGGCAUAAAGAUCAACGGCCGAUAGAUGAUAUCAGCCUGAGACAUCCGGCUGACUCUGAGUGUUGGCAAAAAUUUGAUGAACAUCAUAGUUGGUUCGCUGCGAAUCCACGCAAUGUGAGGCUUGGUUUGGCCUGUGACGGCUUCACUCCCUUCAACAACUUGGCUAAACCUCAUAGCAUUUGGCCAGUGAUCCUUAUCCCAUAUAACUUGCCGCCGUGGUCAUGCAUGAAAGAUCAAUUCUUUAUGACAUCUUUGAUUAUUCCUGGUCCAAAGUCGCCAGGGAAUGAGAUCGAUGUGUACUUGCAGCCGUUGAUCGAUGAACUGCUUGAACUUUGGGAAAAUGGGGUCCCUACAUAUGAUGCAGCAACUAAAGAGACGUUUAUGUUGCAUGCUGCAUUGUUGUGGACAAUAAAUGACUUCCCUGCCUACGGGAAUCUCUCUGGCUGGUCAACAAAGGGAAAAUUAGCUUGUUCAUCUUAUCACAUGUGGAGAAGGAGGAAAUGGUUGUUUAAUGGCAAGGAAGAUCAUCGCAUGCCACCAAGGGUUAUUGGAGGAUACGAUAUUCUAGGUCAAUUGCAGAUGAUUGGCGAUGUUCAAUUUGGCAAAUCUCGUAGGAAGAGAAAACGAAAAACUAAGGAUAAUAUCAACUCAAGGCGUGACCUUGAGAUUUUGGCCUAUAGAAAAGAAUUACAUUUGAGGCGUGAAGGUGAUUCCAUCACAAUGCCACAUGCACUGUACACAUUAUACGGAGAUGAAAAGAAUAAAUUUUGUGAGUGGCUCUCCGAUAUCAAAUUCCCAGAUGGGUUCUCUUCUAAUAUCUCGAACUGUGUUUCUCUACGUGAUGGCAAAAUCAGCGGGAUGAAAAGCCACGACUGUCACGUUUUCCUUCAUAGACUACUCCCAAUUGCUGCUGGGGGGUUUUUACGAAGUGACAUUGCCUUGGCUUUGACUGAACUUAGCACUUUCUUCAAAGAGUUGUGCGCUCGAACACUGGAUGUCAAUCGCCUAUCACAGCUCCAAACUGAUAUCGUAACCAUUCUAUGCAAACUGGAGAUGAUAUUCCCUCCAUCAUUUUUUGAUGUCAUGGUCCACCUAGCUGUUCAUUUGCCCCGUGAGGCCAUACUUGGGGAUGUUGAGAUGAGGUUCAAUCGAGCGGACCGAAACAUUGAUGCUGACGAAGAGGCAACUAUAGAUGGAUUCAAAAUUUUCAACCAGAAGGUCCGUCCCUUGGGUAUAGCUUCUAAUGUGCAAUUAGAAGACAAACUCUUUAAGGCAGCCAUCUGGGAACACUACGAGAAAUGUAAGGUGCAACACCCAAAUUCAAUCGAUCGCACGCAUCAAACUAACUUUCCAACUUGGUUCAAGCAUCGUAUCCAGGAACAUCGUAUCAAGAAUCCACAUGAUGUGUCCGAGGAUCUUUAUGCGUUAGCUUGCGGGCCUGAUCGUUGGGUUGCAUCAUAUGCUGCAAGCAUAAUAAAUGGGAAAAGGUUUCAUACGAAGCAGCGUGAACUUCGCCGUCGUACGCAAAAUUCUGGGGUGUUGGUGACUGGGGACGAGGAUACAAAUAAUGCCGACUUUUAUGGUGUUAUUAAUAAUAUCAUAGAGUUACGCUAUAUGGAGUGGCGUCGGGUGUACCUAUUUCAGUGUGAUUGGUUUGACGUUGGUGAUAAAAAACGAGGGGUGCGGGUGGAUGACCAUAUGAUUAGUGUCAACAUGAACAGGACUUGGUAUAAGGAUGAACCGUUCGUGUUGGCGAGUCAGGCAGAUCAAUGUUUCUACAUAAGAGAUUUAAGGGCGAAAGGGAAUUGGGGUGUUGUGCAGAACUAUACAAAUAGGAAUGUAUACAACAUUCCAUCAGUGUCGACUACUAUAGAAGAUAUUAAUGAUGGCGAUUCAAGUAUUAAUGAGGCCGAUCAGGAAAAUGAGUCAUCAAAUUAUUAUGAACCAGUGCAGAGUGAUAAUGAAAAUCCAGUGUCAACUCCACUUGAUAGGCUUGAUAUACCACCUAGCCAUAUUGAUGCACGAGAAGUCAUGGCUAGUGAUGGUCAAUGCAACUCUUCAUCCGGGUUUAUUAAUGAUGACAUGCUUACUUCUGGUUCUGGAGAUGCGGAUAGUGAGGGGGAAUAUUCAGAUGAGGAUGACCUAUCAACAGACGAAGAGUCUAUGUCAGAGAAAUAAGCAAAAGCUAGAAACAUCACAUGAGUUGAGGUUACAAGAAAACAAAACUGUGUUGCCAUCUUCUUGGCUUUACAAUUUAUCAUGCAAUCCCAUCUUGAAGCUGGAGGCAUGAGGAGCAGUAUUAAUUAUCAAGGUGAUCGCGCGGGACCUAGUUCUAGAGGCGG